AUGGCUGCAGCAAAGGCAGUGACCUUCGAGGAGGUGGCUGUGUAUUUCACCGUGGAAGAGUGGGCUCUGCUGGACUCUGCUCAGAGAGCCCUCUACAGGGACGUCAUGCGGGAGAAUUAUGAGACUGUGACCUGGCUGGGAUUCCCCAUCCCUAAACCUGACCUGAUCUCCCACAUGGAGCGAGGAGAACAGCUGUGGAUGCACCAAGCAGCAGGUGAUGGGACGGCCAGUGAGAACGAGGAGGAGAAUCCCCAGCAGGGAGGUCCUGAGUUGGCAGAACCACACUGGACGUUCUCAGGAAGGUCCCAGGGGAAGGUUUGCCAGGGAGAAGCUAGCGAGAGUCAGGGCAGGUCAGAGGAGCAGCGGGGAAACCUGCCCGGGGAGAGAGAGGGUAAAUCCGCUCCUGAAGAGGGAUUUUUCAAGAAACUCAAAAAGCUCCUGGACCUUAAGGGGAAGCAGAACAGAGGGACAGGAAAUGCAGGCGCUGAAUGUGGGCAGGGCUCACGAGAGAUGCUCUGUCCUGGAACCCCCCGAGAAGACGCAUGCCACAGAUGUGGGGGAAGCUUCCAGCAGAGCUCGGUGCCUCCAGAACAUCCGAGCAGGACCGCCCAUCGAUGUCUCCGCUGUGGGAAAAGCUUCCGCUGGAGAUCACAUCUUCUGAGACAUCAGACGGUGCACAAGGCUGGGAAAAGCUCCAGCCCCAGCACAGCCCGCGCCAUCCAGCAGAGAAUCCUCUCGGGGCAGAAACCCUGCCAGUGCCCCGACUGCGGGAGACGCUUUGAUCGGAGGUCGACCCUCAUGGCACAUCAGAGGCUCCAUACAGGAGAGAGACCCUACAAAUGCCCCGAAUGCAGGAAAGGCUUCAUGCAGCAGUCACAUCUGGUGCGGCACCGGGGGAUCCACGCUGGGGUCAAGCCCUGUGUCUGUGCCGACUGGGGGAAGAGCUUCGUCAAGACCUGGAACCUGCCCAAACACCAGCGCUGCCACUCGGGGCAGAGACCCCGUCAAAGUGUUGAGGGUAGGGAAAGUGUCCGUCUGCGCUCACACCUGUCUCACCAGGAGGGAGCUGACAGCACGGCCCUGCUAGAGCACGUCACAGCAGAGAGACCCUACCGCUGCCUCGACUGCGGCAGGAUGUUUAGCCGGAGCACGGACCUGCUGGUCCACCGGAGUAACCACACGGCUGAGCGACCCUACCUGUGUCCCGACUGCGGGAAGGGCUUCAGCCGGAGCUCCCACCUCAAAUCGCACCGGAGA